AUGAGCAUCGUAGCUCUCUCACCCGUGGCCCCUGAGCCGCCGUCCCCCAUGGUCACCUCCAUCACGCCUGUCACCCCAACCCCGGACCACGACAGCUCCAGCUCCCCCACCACUGUCACCGCCCCGCCCCUCGGCCUGGAUCUGGACCAUGAGUCCCAGGAUGGGGUCUCUUUGCAGGGCACCAGCUGUGUCAUCCUAACCGGGGGAGGCCCUCACCUGGGUCGAGACCCCUCCCAAAGGUCAAAGAAACCUCCGCCCCUCCACACUGGAGCCGACUGGAAGGUCGUCCUCCACCUACCAGAGAUCGAGACGUGGCUCAGAGCGACCAGCGACAGAGUCACGCAGCUCUCGCACUCCGUGGGACAAGACAGUGACAACAGACACGUGGAUGUCCACCUGGUGCAGCUCAAGGACAUCUGUGAGGACAUCUCAGACCAUGUGGAGCAGAUUCAUGCCCUGUUGGAGACAGAGUUCUCCCUGAAACUCCUUUCCUACUCCGUCAACAUCAUUGUUGACAUUAGGACGGUGCAGCUGCUUUGGCACCAGCUGAGAGUGUCGGUCCUUGUCCUGAAGGAACGUCUGCUGCAGAGUCUACAGGACUCCAACGGAAACUACACCCGCCAGACUGACAUCCUGCAGGCCUUCAGCCAGGACCAGCACCAGACUCGUCUGGACGCUCUGACAGAGGUGGACGACUGUGGUCAACUGACCAUUCGCUGCAGCCAGGAUUACUUCUCUUUAGACUGUGGUAUCACUGCCUUUGAGUUGAGCGACUACAGCCCAGGUGACGAGCCCGAGACCCAGGGAACGGAACCAGACGGCCAGGACCCUUCCGAGGAACAGGAGCUUGAUCGAGCCCAAAGCCCAAACCCAGAACUGGGGUCAGUGGAGAGUGAAGGCCCCUGCUUCUCAAACCACGAACUCUGUAACAGUUUACCUGAACUCACCGAGCCCGGUGACUUAUCAAACCACAACCAUUCUCCAUCAAUAUUACCCACAAUGCAAUGUGGCAUGCCCAACCACAGUGAAAGUGCGAAGCGUCCGCUGCACGGUGUGAGCCACAGCACUGAGGUGUCACCCACACAGCCAUCAAUGCCCAAGAGAGCCGCCCUGUUCUCAGACGGAGGAACCGGGAUGGAGGACUCAAGGGGAGGUCUGGGCAAGGUUAGCCCGCUGUCUGGGCUCCAGUUCCAGGCCGAGCUGAGCCGAAGCACCCCCUCUCUCAUGGAUCCUCCAGAUCGUUCCAAGUUCUGGUUGGAGCUGGACUCGGUUUAUCCAGAAAAUGUCUCACAGUCCUACGAGAGCCUGCAGGUCAUGAACGGGCGAAACCUGCAGAGAAACCAUGUGAGCUCCAGACACGGUGGAUGCUCAGAGGGGCGCGUACAAAGACCGCUGACCACCCAGAGGAGCUCAUCUUCAGCCAGACCGACCGCCAACGCCCCCCUGCCUCUCCAGGAACCGGUGUCUCAGGAUGAAACAUCAAAACAAACGCAGAGGACACAGAAGGAGACACAUGCACACAGCGAGGGGGACUCUGACUCCUCGUUGCCCUCGCCCAUGAGGGAGCAUUUCCUCUUCUCCGACAUGGACGCAUCUGGAGAGGAGUCGGACCCCCGACCACCUCCCGGCAAGACGGCGGUCUGGAUCGUGAAGCGCCAGGGGCAGAAGGGGGCCCAGCUUUCAUCAAAAGCCAGUCCAGACCGGGAGCACUGGUAUGGGUCAGAAGAGUUCCUGGCUCUCCCCGCUCAGCUCCAUAAGACUGAGAUGCUCACUAUGAAACUGGAAAGUCUGGCCCAGUCCAUCCCACUGAGGCCUGGUGACUCUAACCAGGAGGCUCUGCAGGAUGUGGAUGACUGGGAUUUGACGGAGCUCAACCCUGACUGGGACACAGGGGACAAUGUGAGCAGCAUAGGGGAGAGUGGGGACGACGUUCCUUCUCCUCUGCCACCCCUGCUUCCUUACAGACGAAACCUGGUCAGCCGCUUUAGCCCCACUUCCUCCAGUGACAUAGCGCCCUCAGUCGGUGAAAGCAUAGAGUCCGGCCACUUAAGCGACCUGCAGUCCGAAGAGGACGAGGGUCGGAGGUCUUUGGACCGCCACCUGCAGCUGACAGAGCCUGUGGUGGACAGACGUGGAUGUGGGUCCCUGGUGCAACAGCUGCUGGAGGACAUUCAGAGUCAGGACAAAGACCCCGAUAUCUGGAAGAAGAUAGAGUGUUUCGUGCAGCAGUUGGACAGGUUCAUCUCGUGGCUGCAGGAGGCGCUGGACAGCACGGAGAACUGGACGCAGCCCAGACAGGAGCUGGACAGCCUGAGGGUGUACCUGGACACACACUUGAGUUUCAAGCUAAACGUGGACAGUCACAGUGCCCUGAAGGAGAGCAUAAUGGAGGAAGGACGAGCACUGCUCACCGUCAUCACCGCCCACCAAUCAGGUCUGAAGGAUAUCCUCCAUAUGGUUUCCAGCCAAUGGGAUCAGCUACAGCGGCAGAUCCGGCGCCAACAUGGCUGGAUGCUCCGCGCCCUACGCUGCACCCAGGCCCGCCUCCUCUGCACCGGCCAGUCACACGAGCUCCUCGCGGCGUCGACGGACCCGUCAGCCAGUCGGCAGGCUCCGUGCCCAGUGGACGGCCUCAAGGCUGAGCUGAUCUCCAGUCAGUGUGAAGCCCAGCGAGCCACCCUGGAGCAGAUGGCCGUCAGACUGAGCAGCCUGCGCUACCCCUCCUCCACCAGCAGGAGGCACUACAGUCAGCUGGCCAGGAGCAACAGUCUGCAGGAGUUUGAGGUUGAGUACCAGGAGCUCUGGGAUUGGUUGAUGGACAUGGACGCCAUGGUAAUGGACAGUCAUCAGCUGAUGAUGUCAGAGGAGCAGAGACAUCACCUCUUCAAGAGUAGCCACGCUGAGCUGAUGAUGAUGGAGAGCAAGAAGACCAGCCUGCUGGGCCGAGCCGAGUCUCUGAAGAGGAGCGGCACCGAACUACCCAGCAGCUUCCACAGCAAGAUACACAACCUGACACACACAUGGAGACAGCUGGAGAAAAUCCUCUCAGAGCAUUCAGGACCCAGUUCUUCCAAGCAGAACCGGUCAGCCAACGUGAGCUCUCUGCUUGUCGGCGGUCAGGGCGUCACCGUGGAAAACCCUCGCGCGGCCCUCUCCCCGCUGACCAACUCGCUCCUGGAGCAGCUGGAGGCUCGUAUUAAGGAGCUGAAGGCGUGGCUGCGAGACACCGAGCUCCUCAUCUUCAACUCUUGCCUCAGACAGGACAAAGACGCCUCAGAGCAGCUCCAGAGCUUCAAGUCGCUGUGUUCGGAGGUGCGAGCCCGACGCAGAGGAGUCGCCUCUGUUCUGAAGCUCUGCCAGAAGCUGCUGCAACAGAGUCAGUCGGGCCCCAUGGCAGAGGUCGGCCCGGAGGCGGAGCAGCACCGGGAGGCCCUGCAGCUGCUGUCAAUCAACCUGGAGAGAAGGUGGGAGGCAAUUGUGAUGCAGGCGCUGCAGUGGCAGAACCGACUGAAGAGAGAGCUGGGAGAGCAGCAGGUUCCUGGGAACUUUCUUGAACCAGGUCUAGUUGACCUUCGCCAGGUCAGCCCAGUCCCAGUUGGUCCAGUGGCACCGGCGCCAGAUGACUCCUGGGAAUGGGAUGAAACAGAUAUGACAAUCACAGAACCAGGGCUGCAAGAAGUACCAGAACCCGACCUUACGCAAAACCUCCCCCCAGAACCAACUCUGCCUUUGGACAGCGUUCUGUCCAAUGGGAAUCAACCUGACAGGAUUCGAACCAGUUUCCCAGCCAGUCAGUGUCCUGGGAAUAUGUCCGAUACAAUGACAGGAUCUUCAUCAGAGGUCCAGCCCAGUGUAACUUCCCGAACUGUCCCACCUAACAACAAUAACAUCUACCAGGUGUACAGCCUCCAUAAUGUUGAGUUAUACAAACAGCCUCAGUUUUCUCCCAGUUCUUCCUCACUGCAGAAAACCAAAUCAGGACAACAAAAACAACAACUCCUGCUGAAGAGCCUGAGUAAGGACUCCUCUUUCUCCUCCAUCGAAUCCCUCCCAGACCUCCUGGGAGGUUUGAUGUCAAACAGCCGAGAAGGAGAUAGGAUCAUUGGAUACCAGGAUAGGGAGAGUGAGAGGGAGGGUGGCAGAGGAAGCGGCCAGUCGGCAAACAGUCGCCGGUCAGAGUGCGAGAGUGGGAUUGUUAGUGACACAGGAGACACAGAGAUGACAAUAAACUCUGAAGUCCAGGGACAGGAAGAUGAUCAGGGGGGAAAGGAGGAAAAGGAGGACAAAAAUGAGCAGAGGAAAGAUGAAACUGAUUUGGCUCUGCACAAAGACAAUAUCACCAAGUACGACCAAAGAAUCAAGACAGAAGAUAACAAGAAGGAGAAAGGAUGGAGGAGGGAGGAGAAAAGGAAGAGGCACAGGAGGGGAGGAGGUGAAGCGGUUGAGAUCCUAAUCAAUGGGCGUGGGAUCCUGACGCCUGCAGAUUCUGACUCAGACUUUGAGGUGGGUGGACUCAGUGUAGAUUCCUCCACGGCCGUCAUGUCCCACAGUGGCAUCACAGAGUUCAAAGUUGACCAGUUUAACGGUUUGGAGACUCCUCCUGCUCUCAGCCCGCAGGCAUCGAGUCCAGUACUAUCUCAGGGCUCCUCUCUGGAGUCCCUGCUGGCUCUGGGUGUGGAGUUAUUUCCCUCCAAAGACCUACUGCACCGUAGUGCGUCUCUGGAGAGCUGCCUGGCCCCGUGUCGCAGCACUGAAGGGGAGACUGGAGGCAGCCUGGCCAGCCUCGGGGACGUGGACCCGGGGCAGAGCCGAGAGGUAGAUGGAGUUGAACCAGGAAAGGAGAAGAAGAUUGAAAAUGUGCAGGGAGAACCGUCAUCUGGGGAGCUGAGCCGAAGAACCCUUGAUCUCCUGAAGCGCCUGGAGAACAUCCAGAGUCCUCUGGCGACAAAGAUGACCCGCAGUGUUUCUGACAUAACGCUUCGGAGCAGCUCCCCGCAGCGGAGCCAACUCCCUGCCUCCCCUUCUCUCGGUGGUCAACCCACACCCCUCUCUGGGAUUUCAGGCUCGUCACGGAAAAGACCGCCGUCCGUGAUCAACGAGAUUUCAGCAACAGCAUCGUUAACGGAACUGAGCAGCACCGAGGACUCGUCUCUGGGGUCUGAAGAUUUCGCCAUGCUCAGAAAUCAACGGCACCUCUUCCUGGAUCCCACCAUGGCAGCAAAUGCCAACUCAGGAUCUUAUAGGAAACGUUGCCACGGAAGCAGCCGAGGGGGGCAAGGGAUGGAUGAAGCAGAUGCAGCGAGCUUGAGCAUGGUGGUCAACGUGUCUUGUACAUCAGCAUGCACAGAUGAGGACGAGGACGACAGCGACCUCCUGUCCUCCUCCACCCUCACACUCACUGAGGAGGAGCUCGGCGUACGGGACGGAGAAGAUGAAGAGGAGCAGAGGCUGAGCGGUGCCUCCUCUGGUAACGAGGACGAUGAGGAUGACGAUGAAGAGGAGAUGGAGGGUUCUUACGUGCUGGGGCUGGAGUACAUGAAGCGGGAGCUGCAGAGUUGGAUCCGAUCUCCUCGCAACUCCUCUUCCUCCUCCUCUAAAAGUGAGGCAGGCCUCCGGGAUGAGCUGCAGUGCGGAACCCACCUGUCCUCCACCUUCACCACCUCCUCUCAGAACAAGGAGCAAAACUGUUUUCUAAAUCGCUCAGCUGCAAAGUUAAUAGAAACCAACACUAACAGCGGCAACAACAAAACAACAAGAGAUAAGGCAGAACAGGAGGAAGAGGAGGAGAACAGGAGGAAUGCAACAAGAAGCUACAUCAGCCAGUUUGUAGACGACGUGGAGAACGGAAAUGUGGACCAGACCAGUUUGAAAGGGAAAGACGAAGAUGAUGAGCUCCUCAGAGAGGAGUCCAGCGUGUUCACGAAGAAAGGAGAGUCACUGAGGGAAUCGUAUGUGUUCGCCAAAACAGGAGAGUCAGUUCAGGAUGUUAGCGAUUUGAUGGUGAAAAUAGAAUCAAACUCAACGAAGCAGCUUUCCUCAUCACCAGCCUCUGAACUUCCCCCAUUUGCGUCCAAACGUGCUUCGUCCUUGGUGGGACAGCUGCGGGGAGAGUUGCCCUGCCACAGCUCCUCCCUCCCCUCGCCUCCUUCCCUCUCGCCAGUUGAGGACUGCAGAUCCCACAAUGUCUUGCACAACAGAAGGCCAGCAGCUGGCGGAAGGAAGGCCAUCACGAUUCAGGAAAAGUUCAAAUUCUCCUCCUUUGUGACAGAGGAGACAAGGAGGGAAGUUAGAGACAAAGAAUCGUCCCUGCCUCCAAAAAGACGGCACAGCUCUCAUUCAUCCUGCUACAACCACCUCCCCUCUCCCUCUUCCGUCCAGCCAUGCAGUGCAGACAAGGGCAAGAAAGAGAACGUGCAUGACUUUGUAAUGGAGAUUAUCGACUUGACCUCACUGGCACUGAAGAGCAAAGAGAAUCAGCCUGAAGAACCGAACCAGGCCGAGACGAGCGGGUCCAUUGUAGACCAAGGCCCCGCAUCACUAGCACAGAUCAGAGAAAAGGUGCUCGAACACUCCCACCGGCCUCUCCACCUUCGUAAGGGAGACUUCUACUCCUACCUGUCUCUCUCCUCCCAUGACAGCGACUGCGGCGAGGUCAGUCAGUGCUCCGAGGACAAGAGCUCCACUCCGGCGCCCUACAGCAUCCCGUCUUACGUCACACCAACACAAGGCCUCCGCAGCCCGAGCCCUGAGCUGUUUGCAGGCACCGCACAACAAAUAGCAGCCUCCGUCUCAGCGCAGUCCUCCGAACGCUCCUCUCCUAGCCUCGACUCCAAGAAGAACCUAUGUGCUCUUGAUCUGAAGUCAGCUGAUAGCCAGACUCGCAGUGCUUCUAAUGGUAGCCACACUGAAGAGUCGACUAGCCCCUUUCUAUCCCUGCCCACUAGCCCCGACAUCAGGGAUGAGGAGACCCUGUGUGCAGCCUGCACAGAGGAGGUUUACCUGGGCCCGCCUCUCUGCUACAGCAUGGUCACCGGGAAACCACAGAGGUACCUGCUGAAGGAGAAUGUGGAGAAUUUGUCCUCACUGGACCCUGGCUACAACCGGAAUGCCAGUCAAGCAUUCUUGCCUUGUUCAAAACCAAGUGAUACUUGUCAAUAUUUGCCUCAAGAGGGGCCCAGUCCUAAACCAAGUGAUAGUAUGAGCCACUUGUCUCCCUCAAAGGAGUCUGUUUUGGUUAGAAACCGUGACAACCUGUAUUUUCAAGGGUCCAGUCCCGCAGUGACAACGGAGGAAACACGGAGCUGCUUCUCUCCUCUCCCGGAGCCUUGUUACAGCUCAUUUUCCACCUCCUGGCCCUCAACGACCGUCUCUGCCUCCCUCCAGGGGCCCGGCUCCGAACCAAAAGAAGACAACCCUCCCUCUCCUCUGCCCGUGUCCUCUGGCGCCAAGGAAGAGAAGAGGGGUGAGGACCCGUACCUCCUCUGUGAUGUUGCUGGAAGAGAAGUCGCGGUCGCUGUGAGUGUCAGUGCGCUGCAGGAGGAGACGAGUCGUAAUGAGGGGCCUCCUUAUCUUAAUCCCUGGGCGCGUGUCGCCCCGAUAGACUCCUCCGCAGCCGAAUGUUUGGCAGAUACUAAAACGCUUGAAUCCAAUAUGGGCGCCGUAAUGACCAAGAUAAGUGUCUGCAGCUCCGCUACAAAUCCCUCAAAAGAGACAGCCGUCACACGUAUUAAUCCCAAAAUUAACUGCUCGGCGAUGAGAGAGGCAGAUAGGGAGGAGGGGGAGAGGCGAGGAGAUGUGGAUGUUUGGCGGGUGAAGCAGGAGGAGAAGGGGAGAAGAGGGCGGAGCGGCUCGCAGCAGGAAGCAAAGACAGUGGCGGCAAAGCAGGUGAGCUCUCAGCCGGCUGUCAAUCAUGCCACCAGGGCGGCACAGGGGCGGAGCCAGGCCUCAGCGAGACACCCCACCGCCAGGCCGGGGACAGUUAGAAGACUGCCUGUGUUGGGAGCUGGAACCUCCAGGGUCCAGCUGUAAGGGAGCUCUCUCCAUCUCCUCCCCGCUGAGCUGAUCUCUCUUCUGGGCUUCAUCUCUCCAGCUGCCUCCUCUCUGCUUCUGGAGCUUUUCACACCUCUGGUUUCCCAAGUCUGAUGUCAAAAGACUGGACUGAAAACUCACCCAGUCGUUUCAGGGUGACCUUCAGAUUAAUUCUUAGUUGAGGAUGACACAGUACACGUUGUGAUCAGAUCCAUCAUAUCCACAGGGACUACUGAGUCUGCUUUCAGGGUUCAACUGUCCAAUAGGUUUUCUGAUUGAUCAUAAAGAAGCUUUUAGAGUUUGGCUGAGAAUAUUUCUGACGUAAUCUGAGGACGAUAUUUAGAAUUCACAUCAAAAUACAGUUUGAUCAUCAUUAAGUGGAAGUUUUUAAGAGUUAAGAGGAAAAUUAUGUAGUGAAAUUAUAUCCGACAAUAUAAGUGUGAUUAUCAGAUUGAUUAUUAGAAUUAAAAAUGGAAUAAAACAGUAUAGUGAUUUUACAGUAGGUUGAGUUUCAGGUUGACUAAAGAGAGAGAUAUAUCACGGAUGAGUCACAGGUCAGAUAGUUACAUGUUGUUUUUGUUACAUGAGAUUGGGCUAAACAGAAAAAACCACUUUCAACAGCACAAAAUGGCAUUUUCACUCUGAAUGAGGGAAACCCGGAAUCGGCUUCGUCUUCUUAUUAACUUUAUGUGUUUUACUUUGAUUUGUGUGUCAUGGUUUGGUUCACAACACACUUAACAAUAAGUAGGAUGCUAUAAGAAUUGACUCAUGCCACUUGAACCGUUAAACGGUACCAGUGCAUCAAGUCAAAACCGUCUGGCAUUUCAUGGAGGACAAAUAAAGCACCAAGACAUAUUAGUCCAAGGAGGGUUCGGAUGUGACUGAUGUACAGAAAAUGAUGUGGAGCCCAUCUGGAAUCAGCUGGACGGUACUGCUUUACAUUUUGAUAGACCCUCCCCUCCUUAUUGUAUUUCCUUAAUCGGGCUACUUUCUGUUGUUUACUGGAGGCCGGUUGCACAAAGAUAUAUGUGAGUGCUCUAGCCGAGUCAGUCGGGUUCCACUUUUGCCCUUAAAUUCAUCGAAUGUGAGUCAGGCAAAAAUAAGUCGUUUUUAAGUCUCAACGAAUCAGCCACUCCAGACCAAUAAGGGCUUUUUUUGGAGCGAUCAAGAAUGAGGGGAUUAUCCUCCGACAACCAUAAAAAUAGCAACAGGAAAAUGGCCAGGAAAACGGUGACAAGCAAAGGUGAGAUCCGCGAAGCUGUACAGCUCGUUGUAAUUCGAUUUCUAGGAAUUAAAAACAGUUAAAUUGACGUAUUUUUUCAGUCAUAAAUCGUAGACAUACUUAAACUUAGAACAUUUCUCUGAAAUCUGACAAGCUGUAGAUAUAGGGCUUGUCUCUGAGCAACCAGCAAGCUCUUUUCUUUUCAUCCACCACAAAAUUCCUCCUCUGUUUCUGUAGUUUUCUGGGGCUACCUCAGUAUUGUUCUGCCACCGUUGGAACACUGACAUCUUUGGCCAGAUUGCAUGACUUCAUACUGUAUCUCACUUUUUCUGCUGCAGUUGUGAACACUCUGUUAUCUUAUAAACAUACUGUUAAACUGUAUGCUGCAGUGUUGUAGCACAAGUAGCAUGUUGUGUCCUAGAACCAAGACUGGGUCUAUGUCUAUAGAUGACGUCAGUAUUCAUGUUAUUGUCCUGUGACUCGGUCCAACAGUAGGUCUAUUCACAGUGGUAGCUGUGUCAGAAGCUUGCCAUCCUGCAGCUAUACAGCACAUAAUGUAUGACUCAGUAGAUAAACUGUAAUAUCUGCAUCACACAACCACAGAGCCUCUACAAUCUGAAGAAAGCAAACUAAAUUUGUUAAAACGGUCAUGAAGGAAUAUUUAAAGGGUGGGGAGAACUUUGUGUUAACAAGUACGAAGAAAUCUAGUCAUGAUUUAAAGAUGCAUUGUCGUCGUUGAGAAAUACGAAAGAUUUUAGAAAUGAGGUCUUGAUAAAAGCCACAAAUACUAAAACACGCUUAAAGGACCCACGUUCGCAUCAGCAUAAUCAGCUGUGUUGAAAUUUAUCCGCGAUCAAACGCAAAUCUUUGCAAAAUAUCAAGAGUCCAACAAGUUGUAUUACAGAAGCUAAAAUGUUAAAAUAUAAAACUGUUUUAUUGCGACUCCAACCUGAGCUUUUCGGAGUUGAGGACUGGACAACUUCAUGGUUGAUGCUUGAUCUUAAUUUUUACUUUGACUGCGGCUGGUCUGUGUAUUUGUCACUCUUGCAGCUACAAGCUGUGUCACAUUUUCAGAGGCCCCUGAAGGCAAGUCAACAACAUCACCAUUUCCCAAAGUGUGUCCCUGAGUAUUAAAUCAUUCUCUGCAAGCAUUCAUGGUCAGUCCACCAUCUAAGUGCAACUUCUCGGCGGAAGAGUCGUUCAAUUUUCCAACUAAAUAGACUGACAAGGACUCCCUGACUUUCUGUCUUGUCUUGUAGCAGGCAACGGUGAUGACGCUGGGGUGAGUCUUUUGUAGACCGUUUCAUUUGGGGAAGGGCAGGUUCAACCUGCUCGCCAUCUGCUGGCCUUUUUCAGAGGAAGUCUUCCUUGAAGUCAACUAGACAGUGCCCCUCCUUUUUUAGGGUUUCUCCCAAUGUAGUCAAGAAGAAUUUGGAGAGUUCCUAAACAACAAAAGGUCAUCUGCAAGUAUUCCUGGUCAGUCCGGUUGGCACAGUUGGUGUUUAACACUUUGGUGUUAAACUCUAACUGAACUCUAAUUUUCCAACUUUGUAGGCUAACAACGAGUACCUGAUGCUACAAUUACCUUAGAGGGAGAAAGUCGCGGUAAUGGCGAAAGACCAUCUCAUUUGGGGAAGGACAGGGUCAAGGAGUCUCAUUCAGCACAGUUGAUAGUGACUUUGACAGCCAUUAAACUGCAACUUCUUGGUGGUACACUCAAAAUUUUCCAACUUCAAUGUUGAUGAAAACUACCAUUCGUUUUUUCGAGAGGCAGGGAUUGGUGAAUCCUCUUCCCCUCAUUUAGGGUAGGGCAUGUUCACCCUGCUGGCCUUGAGGUAACACCUAGGCAGAGUCCCUUGAAGGUGCAUCACCUGGAAGUGGGAAACAAAUACUUUUUGUGAUCAAUCAUUAUUUUGAGACCCCGAUUGAUCCUAACAGUUGAUGAAAUGUUGGAUAUACCUCCACCUAUGGUUGUAGAAGGAAGUCAAUGUGCUCGAGAUGGAAAUAUUAUCCACACCCAUUGGGUCAUCUCUAGCUCUGCCUGAGAACAUGCUGAAUGAAACCUCUCCCAAGCUGACGGUUGAAUCAGGUGUCCAAAAAUAAAUAUAUAUCUAACGGUAACGGUAUUUUAUCUAUGCAACACAACCAAAGUUGGCAAAAGCUGAAGCGGUGUUGUUGUGUAGGCGUUAAAGUUUGAUGACUGUUGACAAGGACGUGUGUUGUUAUUAAUACUGCUGUAUGUACACCACUACUGUACCAUGUAUUGUUUUCUUUUUUUUAUUUUCUAGACGACUCCUGAGAUGAUGAUUAGCAGUGACGCUGGGGUUCGGGAUCGGUGUUGAGACGGGGGUGUGUGUGUGUGUUGUAGGACAAAAUAGGGUUUGAAAUCUUUAAAUAUAAUUGUGUGCCUUGCUCUACUGUUACUACUUCUACCUUUUUUGUUAAUUGAAACCACUGCUUUCCCAGUUAGGUGAUGAAAACAUGCAACAAAAAAAUUGAAAAUCAGAAAUAAAAACAAUUCCAUGCAACGUUCAUGUUGAGCUUGUGUAUAUAUGUAAAGGUGUAAAACCUUGGUGUAAAAUGCAGAGGGAGGAAUGCUUGGUGUUUGUGUUUAUUUAUGUAUGUGAUCUGUGAUGUGAAAUAUCUUUAUUAUUAGUAUUGGCCAUAAAGAGCUUGACUGCAUGGUUCCUGCUAACUACAAUGUAAA